AUGCGUGAAUACCAAAUGGUGCAUGAGUUACAAUCUUGGGAGGAUGGUUGGACAAUUAAGGUGAAGAUUUUAAAGAGAUGGGGGGCCUUUGAUGCCGACGGUCUUCAUGUGAUGAAUUUCAUAUUGGUUGAUGAGAAUGGUUGCAGAAUUUCUGCCUACGUUGGUAACCUCAAUCUAUCCUAUUUCGAAUACGUUUUGCAAGAAGGAAAUUGGGUGCAGUUAUCCAAAUUCAAACUAAUUCCUUCUAAGUGGGAAGAACGGACUACAAGACACGUUAAGCAAAUAAUUUUAGAUGGUGAAACUAAGGUCAGUUCCAUCCGACCUUUGACUAGAGAUCCUUUCCUUCGUUUUGUUGAUUUCAGCCGUGUUUACAAUAAGCCUUACAGCCACUUAUACCCAGUUGAUUUCAUUGGUGUUCUGGAUCAUGUCAAAAAUAUGGUAACAAUUGUUUAUCCCGAUGACAAAAGUGUUCCAACACUGAGAUUCCGAAUUAAAGAUCUGGAGAAUUGUACUCUUAACUGUGUUGCACAUGAUGACUUGGCUUACGAGAUAGAAGGGAAAUGCAAAGGUCCUGUAGGGAAGAGUCCAUUUGCUAUUUGUGUCUUAACUGAUUGGUUGGUUAAGAAAAACAUUGAUGAAAUGACAAUUGAAAAUUACAAGGAGGGAUCGCUUUCACGUUUUGCUAUUGCCCCGCCAUUGGAUGAAGUCAAAAGCUUUGGGAUCAAGCUUGCAAAGAAGAUAACGGAAGUAUACGGAUGCAAGAUUCAAGCUUCGAUGACUAAUCCUGUGUUGGUUUCGUAUUAUGAUCAAGCUUUGCAAGAAGGACUGUGGAAUACUCUACAUGAUUUUGUUAAUACUACUGUCAAAAGGCUAUAUGAAAUCCCUACCGAUACUCAAUUUAUGUCUUUCUCAGAGUUUGAGGAUAUUUUGGAUGGGACUAUUGAUCAUAAGUAUCCUAUUGAUUUACUUGGUGCUGUUGUCCAUGUUGGACGACUUACAAGGAUUAAGGAUUACGGACUAGAUUGGAUAUUGACUGUUUCGGAUGCAAGAGGGAUGUCAAGGUUUCUUUUUGAUCCCCAUAUUGUUGAAGUUGACAAGUUCAAAGAUAAGUACUUCAACUCCAAUAAGACGGAGAACAAUGACAUUGAGAUUAAAGACUAA